AUGAAGAUCUCUGUGAGUUUUACGCUGUGGCUGCUGCUCGGCACUGUCCCUGCAAGUGAAAGUACUGAAAGCCAGCCGGCUUCUCCUCCAGACAUCUACGCUGCGCUGAGAGAGAUCACCGCCUCGUUGGUUCAACUGAAGGCGGAUAUGAGAUUGUUGCAGACUCAAGGUACAGUAAUGAACUGUUCAAUGUCUAAAGGAACUGUCUCUGUUGUUGCAGAACAAGCAGCACAGCUGAAGACUGAAGUGGACAAGCAGAAGACUGAAGUGGACGAGCUGAAGCAACAACAGCAAGUCCGACAGGUUGCAUUCUCAGCCUCUCUGCAUGCUGGUGCAGGCAAAUCAAACCUUGGCCCCUUGCCCACGGACACUACCCUGAUCUACAAACACGUUCUCACCAACAUUGGAAAUGCCUACAACUCAAACACAGGUGUGUUCACUGCCCCGGUGAGAGGAGUGUACAACUUUGAGUGGACGGUUGGUGCAAAUGGAGACAACAGCCACGCUUCAGGUGCUGUGUUGGUCAAGAACUCAGAGAAUGUUCUCUUGGCAUAUGAGAAUCAGGCGGCCGGUUUUAUGAGUUCUUCUAAAGGCGUUACACUGCUGCUGGAGGUGGGAGACGUUGUGUUUGUGCGUCUGUGGCGUGACUCCGUGGCAUAUGACAACUUAAAUCACCACACCACCUUCAGAGGGCAUCUGCUGUUCCCCAUGUAGGACAGAAACAGCAGCUCUGUG